AUGGCAAUGAGCUUUGCCAAACAGCUUUUCACCGCGCCAGAAAUCAAUCCAAGUAAUCGAAAAGCCAAGUCGAUCCCAAUAUUGAACCCAUUUGAUCAAUAUGGACGAGUCUUCUUCUUUUCAUGGCUUGGUUUCAUGGUGGCAUUCCUAUCAUGGUAUGCCUUUCCACCGUUGUUGACUGUCACCAUCAAACAAGACUUGAACAUGACACAAGAAGAGGUCGCCAACUCCAACAUCAUCGCACUCCUGGCAACGUUACUGGUCAGAUUUGUAGCAGGCCCACUUUGUGAUCGUUAUGGUCCACGUCUGGUGUUCGUGGGACUGCUCAUAUGUGGAGCCAUCCCCACAGCCAUGGCCGGGUUAGUCACUGGCCCAAAGGGCCUGAUAGCUCUACGCUUCUUUGUGGGCAUUCUGGGAGGAACAUUUGUUCCAUGUCAGGUCUGGUGUACAGGCUUUUUUGACAAAAAGAUUGUUGGUACUGCCAACUCCCUCGCUGGGGGAUGGGGGAAUGCAGGUGGGGGGAUUACAUACUUCUUGAUGCCGGCCAUUUAUGAUUCCCUCGUUCAAUCCCGCGGUCUUCCUUCCCAUAAAGCAUGGCGUAUCGCCUACGUCGUUCCAUUCAUCAUCAUCACUGUCAUCGCCCUGUGCAUGUUAUUCCUCUGCGAAGACACACCCACAGGAAAGUGGUCCGAAAGACAUCUCUGGGCGAAAGAGUCAAGCGGCACUGCAUCACCUGCUGACAGCAACAUUGUCGACCUCAAUACUGGCAUUUUCUCCGGCGGAAUGACGACACCGCAUAACACCGCAACACUCGACAUUGAAAAGAAAGGCACCCUAACACCACAAACCCGAGACAAAGAUGCCACAGCGAUGGGCGAAAUAGAUGUCUUCAAGCAAGAAACAGUCGUCGCUCCAUCGCGCCGAGAAGCCUUAAACGUGGCUCUAAGCUUAUCCACAAUGGCCGUGGCAAUCCCCUACGCUUGCUCAUUUGGCUCCGAGCUAGCGAUUAACUCCAUUCUGGGACAUUACUAUGCAGAGACGUUCCCGCACAUGGACCAGACCGAAACCGGUCAAUGGGCCGCCAUGUUCGGUCUGCUAAAUGUUGUCUUCCGACCUGCCGGUGGUCUACUUGGAGAUCUGGUUUACCGGGUUACCGACAAUGUCUGGUCCAAGAAACUCCUGCUUACCUUUUUGGGGGUGGCUAUGGGAGCUUUCCAGCUUGCGAUUGGAUUAUCAGACCCAUCUACUGAGACAGCCAUGUUUGGCCUUGUGGCCGGACUGGCUUUCUUCCUUGAGGCGUCUAAUGGGACUAACUUUGCUGUUGUGCCUCAUGUGCAUCCUUUUGCUAAUGGCAUUGUUUCUGGAAUUGUUGGUGGUUUUGGUAACCUUGGAGGAAUCGUUUUUGCUAUUAUCUUCAGAUACAACGGGUCGAGCUACGGACGAUCAAUGUGGAUCCUGGGGGUUAUAUCGUUGGCAGCAAAUUUGGCUAUUUGUUGGAUUCGUCCUAUACCCAGAAACCAGAUUGGAUCAUGA